GUAGUUAAGGGACUAAAUAAAGCAUUAAGCCUUUUUAUUUUCAAUUAAACCAAAAAUAGUUUUCGAUCAUAUUUCCUCUCCGUCUGGUCUACUGGUUUUCUUUCCAGCAAGCAAGCAAGCAUGUAUUCCACACCUUGCCUGGAAUCCCAAAUCCUAUAAACCCUAAAUUCACAAUCACAACCCCACUUUCACAAUAUACCUUACUAGAGAAAAAGAGCCCCUAUUACGUUCAUUGUUUCACUAUCAUUCCUUUGAACAUCUUAGAUUAUCUUGACUCCAAGUCAUUCACACAACCUUAAUUAGAUUCUUAAGUUUUCUUACCUGGGUAUUAUGCAUAGAUCUGGAGCAACGAUGGCCUGGAACGUCUUCAAGUUUUGUACAGCUCUGAGGGGUCUGGGAUCGAUCAUGAUCCUGUUGGUUUUAGGGGUCGUGGGUGUCUCAUACUACUCUGUCGUUUUGACCAAUUUUGGCCCUGCUUUGUACGAUGGUGGCCUUGAUUCCCUUACUGCUGUUGUCGUCUUGAUCUUAUUUCAUUGUUUGUUGGUGAUGCUGUUAUGGAGUUACUUUUCUGUUGUUUUGACUGAUCCGGGAAGCAUACCAGCUAACUGGAGGCCAGCUUUAGAUGAGGAGAGAGGGGAGGCUGACCCAUUGAAUGGUUCAGAGUUCAAUGGUUUGCAGACAAACCCAUCAAAUCAAAGAAUUCGAUAUUGUCGCAAGUGCAACCAGCUGAAACCACCUCGCUGCCAUCAUUGUUCUGUUUGUGGGCGGUGUGUGCUAAAGAUGGACCAUCAUUGCGUGUGGGUUGUCAAUUGUGUUGGUGCAUUAAAUUACAAGUAUUUCCUUCUUUUCUUGUUUUACACAUUCCUCGAAACUAGUCUUGUGACUUUGGCCUUAUUGCCUCAUUUCAUAGCAUUCUUUAGUGAUGUAGAAAUUCCAGGAACCCCUGGAACCUUGGCUACCACUUUCCUUUCCUUUGUUUUGAAUCUGGCAUUUGCAUUAAGUGUCUUGGGCUUUUUGAUCAUGCACAUAUCUUUGGUGGCCGCUAAUACGACUACUAUUGAGGCCUAUGAGAAGAAAACCACUCCAAAAUGGCGUUAUGACCUUGGUCGGAAGAAAAAUUUUGAACAGGUGUUUGGUACAGACAAGCGAUACUGGUUUAUUCCAGCUUAUUCGGAUGAGGAUUUACGACGGAUGCCAGCACUGCAGGGCCUUGAAUAUCCAUCAAAGCCUGAUUUUGAUUCGCAGGAGUUCUAAAAGGUUGAUAUAAUAGGAACAACAAAAACAACCUCCGUGCCAAACAAUUUGGAGAAUUUUCUUACCAAUUAUCAAUACGGAAGUCUUGUGCAGCAUAGUUCCACUUGCCUUGUAUUCUAACAGGUACAUUACUGUGAGGCCGGUUUCGCCUUCUAACUGUUUAUCAGGCAGCUUCGUGUAGAAAUAGCAAUAGAGUGAGAGAGAGAAUAUCGGGGAAAGCAGCCUUUGUUGUGAAAAUGGUGAUGGGGACUGACAAGUUUAAUUUUGAUUUUUAUAUAAUUACAUUAUGUUUUAUAUUUUGGGAAAUCCAAUGUAACAUUUCACUUUGCAAUAUUAAUUUACUUCUUGUA